UACUUGUGCUGGCUUACAGAUUAACUGAUUUUAUAACAGUUUAAAACAGUCUAGCGUUAAAGGAAAUGCCUUCAAAUUCAGUGGUAAUAAUACGAUAUGGUCCAUAUGCGUCGUGUGGUAUUGUCAUGCACAGGACAUUUCGCCUGACCGGUUUACAAGCGGCCCUAAAAGACGCUGGCAACCAGUGUAGCCUUGAGGAAACAGAUGACUGGAAUAUUGUACAGCUCAGUGUCAAUGGAGAGUGCGUCUACAUGUGCAACAUUACAGACCUUGAGUUUGGGGGUGAUGGACGACUUGAUCCGCUGUGCAAGGAGGCAAUUGACGCAGUGAGGGACGCAUUCUGAACAUCCGGACCGUGGCUCACAACCAAGCGAGCUGCCUACCUAGACCGCAUUUUUGAGUAUCAUGCGCACUGUCCGAGUCAGCUGACUAUGGUGCCCUAAAAUACCAUCUACUGUAUAUACAGUAUAGGCAGAACUAGGUUUGAGACAGCAGAUGUGAGCACACAGGUAAAUGUUACAUUAUAUAACCAAACAAACAGCCAUUGUGGGUUAGUGACACGGUUUAUUGCAUCACUGACAAGGAACGUACACCAUUCAUAUUCAUUCAAUAUAUGAUAUUGUUACUUUUUUCCCAGAAAUCUGUAAUGUGUGAAGUGCUAAAACCUGUCUAAAAUCUUCUGCCCUUUACUAUGUAACAUUAAAAAACUAUUUCUAUUUAACUUCACUAUUAAAGUGUCUAAAUGUAUAUAGAUUAUUGCAUAGACAAAUCAAGUACUUGCAAUU